AUGGCAAGAUCCUUCUCGGCUAGACAGAGAAGGCCUCCCGGCUCUAAAGGUCGCGGGAGAGGAAAUUUUGGCCGAAGAGCUCGCGGAAACGCCUCCUUUAGCCAAAACAGCCAGUAUAUCUCAUCAAGACCAUCUUACUCCAGAGCAACUUCUGUUGCCACUAGCAGAAGCGUACAAACUGAGAGACUUCAUUCAAUUAACGCAGUACCACAAAGCGAAAAUACCAUACGGGAGGAGCGAUUGGAAGAUGACGAUGAAGAUCUUUGCAAGGUCAUCAUGGCUGUAGAUAUCAAAGAUCGAGGGACUGUCGGUUGCAGUUACUACUCCGCCCAGGAAGAAAAACUAUACGUCAUGGAGGAUAUUGUGUAUGGCGAACUGGAUAUUGUUGAUAUAUUGAAGUUAGAAAUUGAACCCACAGUGUUGUUGCUAUCACUGCGGGCCGAUCAGAGUCUGGAGGAUCCUACACAUGCAGGAAGCGGGAGUCGUGCAACCUCAGACAUCGAUUCUCACCUCCAAUUACCUUACCAGCUAGAUGUGCGUCCAACUCAGGAGUUUGGAUUCGAAAAUGCAAGGACCAAACUCACCUCUCUCAAAAUCAAUUCCAAAACCAGUGAGACAGUCAAGUUUCUUAUCCCUGGAAUCAAUUUCUCCCAUGACGGUGAUAUCACCGGAGAGACAGUUGAUUUCACAGAACAGCAAGGAGAUCUGUUACAUAUCAGCGGGCUCAUUGAUAUGGAAAAUUGUAUAUCUGUAGGAUGUGCAGGAGCCAUCCUCACCUACUUGCAAAGAAAGUGGGCUUCUAUAUCCUUGCAAGGUGACCCGUUAUCCCCCCGAACAAUGGACAUUAAAGCCAUUGGGAUGAUUAAUUUGCAGAAAACGAUGUUCAUUAAUAAAGAUACCCUGUCAUCACUUCAAAUAAUACAAUCUGAGUCUCACCCAAAUGCAUUUAAUCAAGGUCCAGGCAAAACCUCCUCCGGGUCCAAGGAGGGCCUAUCCAUCUAUGGUCUCUUUCACCAUUUUGCAAGGACACCUCAAGGAAAACGUUUAUUAAAGCAGUACUUUCUCCGUCCAAGCGUUGAUCCCAAUGUUAUUAACCAGAGGCAUGAAUUCCUUAGUACAUUCUUACGCCCAGAAAAUGCCGCUCCACUUGAGCAACUUAUCAAGAGUUUGAAGAAUAUUAAGAAUCUACGGCCGGUGGUGAUCCAUUUGCGGAAGGGAAUCAGCACAGGAAGUGCAAAGUUCAGAGGAUUCAAGGGCGUGGUGUGGUCCAGCCUGCUUGACUUUGCAUUUCAUGCCAUCGAUGUCAACCAAGCGUUAAAGGAAAUUACUGGAGUCCGGGGAUUGGAUAUAUGCACAAAAGCUCUGAUUAAACUUGAUUUGGCUCAAUUACAUCAAGUUGGCAGCGCAAUCCAUGAGAUUGUUGAUCUCUCGCUCUCCAUCGAGGAACAUCGCACAGUAGUUCGGCCGGGGAUUGAUAAAGAGCUUGACAAGCUAAAGGAGACAUAUAGUGGAAUGGACGGCUUACUCAACCAAGUAGCAGUAAAUAUUGCUGCAUCCCUCCCAGAGGGAAUGAACAAGGAAAUAAAUGUCGUUUACUUUCCCCAACUGGGUUUCAAUAUCGCCAUACCAUUUGACGACAGGGGCGUGCCAGUGUAUGGCACUAACGACGAAGACUGGACUCAGGUAUUCAACACGGAAAAUCGAGCUUAUUUCAAAGACUCUAGAAUGCGCGAGAUGGAUGAGAAGCUCGGUGAUAUAUAUGGUCUAAUAUGUGAGAGGGAAAUAGAAAUAGUCUACCAACUUGCACAGAAAAUAUUAACAUAUGAGAUAAUGCUUGUCCAAGCAUCUGAUAUAUGCGGAGAAAUUGAUAGUCUUCUAGCUCUCGUCCAGGGGGCUAGCUUGAACAAGCUUGUACGUCCUCGCAUGACUGAAGAAAAUAUAAUAUCAAUUAAGGGGGGCCGUCAUAUGCUCCAUGAAGCCACAGUGUCAUCAUUUGUGCCUAAUGAUACAUUUGUUAUCGGCGGCAAAGGGUCAAGAAGUAGCGCACAAGACGUUAAUGCCUCUAGUACCGAACUGCUUCCUAAUGGGGAGACUACCCAGGGGCCGAGCUGCCAUCAUCGUCUACAUGGCUCACAUCGGAAGGUUCAAAGUACAUUUGCAAACGACCUACAACAAGUAUCAUUUGCUUUGAGUCAGGCCACGAAUAGAACUUUGAUAAUUAUUGACGAGUUCGGAAAAGGGACUGAAUCAGCAGACGGCGCUGGACUGGCCUGCGGGUUAUUUGAAUAUGUCUUAAGUAUGGGUAAUCAACGCCCAAAGGUGAUUGCAGCUACCCAUUUUCAUGAAAUAUUUGAGAAUGGAUUCCUCAAGCCAAGGCCAGAAUUAGAAUUUGGCCACAUGGAAGUUCGAGUAGAUACCUCCACUCAGAAUGUUGAGGAUCAGGUCACAUAUCUAUACAAGGAUCGACCCCGACAUUAUUUCUCGAGCACAAGAGGUUGA